AUGGCUGCUCCGCCGCCUCGUGUUGCCCCUUUGGUGCCCUUUCUCAAGGCUACUCCUGCUAGUCAUCAACCCACUCCGUUCUGUACGCCGCACCGGUCUGUUGCCGCUGGCGCCUGUCCGCCGUACGCGAAUCCCAACCUCUGUAGGUCGCAGGGCAACAAUUUCCGCCAUGUGCGCCUUCAAGCAGCGCAGUCGCUUCACUUCAGAGUGUUUCCUUCCGGUGUAGGUGGGUCGCGGUCUGACGCUCAGCUGCAAGACACACGACCUGAACACCUUCGAGGAUUGCCUGCCUCGGGGUCAUCGCUCGUCCGCCCGGUUCUGAAAGGAACUGCACGGAGAGGCACUACGCCUGGGCGUUCACUUGCGCUGCAACCGUAUUCUUCGUCUCGAGGAGCCCUUCCAUCACUGGAGCAGUCGAACGCAUGCGAGGAGCGCUACGGCAACGCCACCGCGAGCUUGUCGUUCCUCCGUGAGGGACGCAGAACGACGUCAACCAGCUCCACUGUGGUUGCCACGGAGGAGGGGCUUGCAGGCCCCGAGGCGGCUAAUAUUCUUGGAAGGCUCCCCUCGUACCACGUGAAAAAGAAAGACUUGGUAGAAAAUUACCUCGAAGUCGAUCCGGACAAUCCUACCCCACUUCUUGAGUACUUCUCCGCCCUGCUGCGAGAGGGUAACCUCGAACCGAAUGACGCGCAGAAGGAACUCAUGGGCAAACUCCAGAUUCUCAUGGACAACAUAGAGGCGUUCAAUUUCAAGUCAGGCGACCCGUUCGACCCCAUGACCGCCCGCCCGCCUGGCGCGCCGCCGACGCCCUCGUCGCCCAAGAAGGCAAGAAAAGAGUUUAGAGAGUCAGCCGCAUCUGUCUCGGCAUCACUGGACGAGGUGAAGGAAGAAAUGGCGCCUCGGCUGCGCCCGGCGAUCCGCGGGCUCUACAUCUACGGCGGGGUGGGCCAGGGGAAAACGAUGAUUAUGGAUGCAUUCUACGACUGCCUAAGCGUCAAGCACAAGAUGCGAAUUCACUUCCACCAGUUCAUGGUGGAGGUUCAGGAGAAGCUGCACCGCGUCAAGGCCCAGCGCCGAUUCGAGGAUCCCCUCUUCGAAGUGGCGAAGCAGGUGCGGUCGCGGGCGCAGGUGCUCUGCUUUGACGAGUUUCAGGUCGUCCAUAUCACCGACGCGAUGAUCCUGAAGCGCCUCUUUGAGUUCCUUUUCUCCUUCGGCGCAAUCGUCGUCGCCACGUCAAAUCGCCCGCCGGUCGACCUCUACAAAGGCGGCCUCAAUCGCCAGCGCUUCUUGCCGUUCAUCGAUCUCCUCUUGGACUGCUGCGAAGUCUUCCACAUUGAAACACACAAGGACUACAGACUCAGCAAGUUGGCGGGCAGCUCGCAUGGAUUGUACUUCGUCCCGGAGCGCACACAACACGAGAUUCUCAAGCAGUUCACGGCGCUGACAAAGGGCGAACAGCCCGAGCCCGGUGUCGUUCAGGUGGCGAUGGGUCGCGAGCUCCAGGUGCCGCUGAUGGCGCAGGGCAUUGCGCAGUUUUCGUUCUCGGAUCUCUGCGAAGCUUCGCUCGGCACGCCGGAUUUCCUUGCAGUCGCGAGGAAUUUCCACACGGUCUUCCUUAGUCGCGUCCCCGAGUUGAGCGACAUGGAACAGUUUCCAAACGAGAUUCGUCGCUUCAUCGACCUCAUCGAUGUCCUCUAUGAGAGGCACGUGCGCGUGAUCUUCGACGCAGCCGCCCCGCCGCUGCGGCUCAUGGGCGUCACUGCCACGACAAAGCACUUCGAGGAUCUAAGACAGACUCUGCAGAAGAAAUUCUCCACGCUGCAAGCUUUCUUCGAGCUCCUCACGCCGUUCGUGGCGGCGGGCGAGCAGGCCAGCUACGAGGUGGAGACCGAAAGCAUCUCUGAGAAUAAAUGGAUCGAAGGAGCCCACGCCGUUGCAGGCGUUUCGGAGGAAACGGCCAAGCAUGUUUUCGAGAAGCUGGACGUUCACAAGAAGGGCGUGCUGCCGCUCGAAGCGUUCAGGUCGGGCAUCUAUUUCCACAUGAUGAACUUUGACAUGAAGCGGCCGUCAGAGAAGGACACGUUUCUCUUCCAGGGGCGCCCAGAGAGUCUCGGUCCGCCAAGUGCGGUGGGAUACGAGCUAUUUAACGAAGGAGGAUCCUCGGGAGCUCAAGACGUCCAGUUCGCCUACGUUCGGACGGUCUCCAGAAUCCGAGAUAUGAUUUCGACAAACUACCUGGAAGCUCACCAACAGAUCUUCAAGCUGCAAGACUUGCGUCUCUUCGGUGUUUCGACGUCUCAAUAA